GAAAAAUGAAGUUUUAAAAAUGACUGGAGCACAGGUUCCUCCUAGUUUUGUAAACAAACCUCCCAGGGGGUGGUUGCAUUCAGACCAUCUAUUCGCUAAGGAUGGAAUAAACUACGCUGUACGGUAUGUCGGACACCUCAAUGUAUUGACAAGUAUGAAAAUCCUGGAUUUUGACACAAGGUCUGCGAUUGCCAAGGAGAGUAUUAGUCGAGUAUGUGAGGAGAGUCAAUCUUUGUCUGAACACCAGAUAGAGGAUAGAAGGAGAAGAGUGGAUAGAAGGAUAUCUAGUAUACUGGGGGAUAGGGUGGUCGUAUCUAGGAGUGGAGCUAAUGUACAGUUAACUAUUACUUCACUUUGUCUCAGAUUAUCAGAUUUAGAUAAUGGAAGUGUACUGCUGCAACAUGAAAUGCCAAUGAUCAGUUUUGCCAGCGGUGGAGACUCUGAUAGUCUUGAUUAUAUUGCCUAUGUUGCCAAGGAUAGUUCAGGGGGAAGAGCUUGCUAUGUUCUGGAGUGCGAGGGUGGACUAGCUCAGGAUGUUAUUACUACAAUAGGACAGGCAUUUGAACUUAGGUUUAAAGAAUUUUUAAAGAAGACCCCAGGGUCCCGCCCACCUCCUCUGCCCGCCCUAAGACACGCCCCCCUACCUGACGAGGUGGAAUACUACAACGAUCUGCCUGGGAAGACUCCGCCCUCCUCCAACCUGAUAGAUUUUAAUACAGAGAUACCAUACGCUCCAGAGUAUACUAACGGAGAGAUACAGGAUCAGAGAACUGGUCGGCAUAGAGAUCCGUUCGACAUGAGUCCGUUUGCUCUAAACCCUCCUGGAGGGGGUAUACCCUCACCUGUUACCCCAACACCUAUUACCAGCUCAGGGAUGAGAGCUCAGCUAGGGAAGGAGGAAUGGUUUCAUGGUCCUAUCUCCAGGAAGGAUGCUGAAUGUUUACUAAAGAAAGAUGGGGAUUUCCUGGUCAGAGAAUCACAGGGUAGUAAAGGUCAGUAUGUUCUGACCGGUAUGCAGGGUUCCAGCAGAAAGCAUUUACUCCUGGUUGACCCUGAGGGUAUAGUCAGAACCAGGGAUAGAACAUUCUCCAGUGUUACUCAUCUUAUUGAGUAUCACAGGAACAACAACCUUCCAAUCAUAUCCGCGGAGUCAGCGCUCAGACUUCAACGCUCGGUUUCUAAACUCAGAAACUGAGUUGAACGUAGCAUAACACGCUAGCGUAGAUUCCAGCCUACAGUAAGUUCCUAUAAAUAUGAGACAUAAUAGCGUAUUUUAGACUGAUUCAAACAAUUAAGAAUUAGCUUAGUCUGUUUAUUGGAGCUACCUGUAAAAAAAAUUUAAGUGUUCCGUGUGAAAUCAAAAUAACUAAAAUAGGUUUUCAUAUAUCUCUGCAGUUUGUAGGGAUAUAAAUAUUGUAUUUACAUACUAUGUAACAAAAAUAUGUGUUAAAUAUGUCAACAUUAUGCCAAUCUUGAAAAAUUUUGUAAUUCGACUUGAAGGAUAGUGUAAUGCCAAGAUAGUAUUACUUUCUUACAUUUUGUAAUUUGAUAUAAAAACUAAUUUCAUGUAAUCCAUAAUAUUAGAUUAAAAAUCGGAAUUGUUAACAGCUUGACUUACUGAAAAUUAUAUGCGUUAAAAAGUUCUUCUAUAUUUUUAGAAUGUGUGUUUACUAAAAAGUGAGUUCAUAAGAUUAUUAAAGAACUUUAAUUGGAUGAUAAUUUUUUUUGAUGAAGGCAUGAAAAUAAUGAUAAAUUCAACAUAUUAGGUUAUCUGUGAAAUUUCUGUUUUGAUAAAAAUUGUCGGAAAUUUAUGCGCCCAAUUUUAUUAUGUUUUCUAUCAUUGUACACAAGAAACCUGUCUAUGGUUGUUUGACCUAGACGUUCUACUACAAAAAAAAACUUAAAUCUGAUUUGAUAUGUCAGAGGUUAUUAUGAAUUAAGGCUUUAUUAAAGGUACGACGUAAAUGGGGGGGGGGGGGUUUCUAAUUCUACCUGGGUAAUAUAGUAUUUAGAGACUUAUAGUGUCUGCCUUUUAGAAGUAAACAUAUUUUCUUAAUUUUGGAAAUAAGAUUUUAGUAAUUUAAUGUGUACUGUGUGUAUGCUGUAUAUGUUAUUAAUGUGAAAAAUAUAUACUUGUAGAAAACUAAA